AUGGAAAAGGCAGAUUUCGAAGAGGAAAAGCAUAAAAUCCUUGAGGCGGGUUUUUUAAACGGUUUUGACGACGAAUUUGUGCUCAAAAUAAUCCGGAAACAUGCCAGAAAAAAGUACCGAAGUGAUGCCACCACCUUUAGGCCAGAGAAAGAAGAGCCCAAUAGAGUUAGCCUGCCGUUCCACCCUAAACUAACUAAUGGGAUAGCAAAAAUCCUUUCUCAACAUGGUCUGAAAACAGCAUACAAGAACGGCAACAACCUUAAGGAUCGGUUGGUCUCCUUGAAGGAUAAGAUCCCGCAAGAUGAGAGAUCCGGAAUUUAUGAAAUUCCCUGUGAGAGUUGCUCAGCUGUUUACAUUGGCCAAACUCGUCGUAAAUUUAAAGUUCGACUUAAAGAACACAGAAACGCUGUAGACAACAACAGGGCCAAUGAAUCUAGCGUAGCUACCCACGCAACGGAAAUGGGUCACUCCAUUAACUGGGAAAAAGUGACCUAUAAGAAAUGUGUAAGAAAAGCCUCACAUUUGAACGCAUGGGAGUCGAUGUUCAUUAGCACUUCAGAGAAACUGCUAAUGAAUGAAGAUGACCCACCAAUUAUGUCGCCGCUUUUCACCUUCACCAAAAGAAAAAUUUGA